AUGUCGGAGGAGGAAAAGACUUCCACUCCCAGCAAACCUUCCGCGGUGGCGCCUAACAGCCUCCGCGCCGAGUCGCCGACCACUGCACGGCCCUUGGACUUUGACGAUGAGCCCCAGGAUCAAAGUGCUCAGUCCGGCGCUGCCGCGACUGCCCAGCAAAGCGCCCAGCAGAACGCCACCGAGACGCCCCCAGUUGCCCCGCCAAAGCCGCCCCGGCCUCUGGGCCCGAGAGAACAGUCUGAAAACACACUUAAAGAGGCUUUCCCUACCGUUGAGCCUGGCGUGAUUAAAGCUAUUCUUACUGCGAGUAACUGGAAUGUUGAGCGGGCAUUCAAUGCGCUCCUCGGCAUGACCGACCCAACUGCGCAAGAGGAUAUGGUUCCUCCCCCAAAACCUCCCCGUCCGUCUCAGCAGGCUACUUCUACCACCCAGAGACAAUUGGAGUCUGACGAAAUGUAUGCGCGCCAACUCGCCGAGCAUUACAAUGCUUCAGGACGCAGGGCGCCUGCUCCGGGAUGGGAGAACGAUCCGCGGUACCGCCAGCCUAGAGGAAGCGAGGAUUCAGAGGAGAAAGAUUACAACUUCUUUGACGAUGAUCUACCUGCGAUCCGUGAAAACCUCCGGAAGGGGUUCCUGGAUACACAGACAAAGGUCAACUCGUGGGUCACAAAUUUGAAGAAGAGAAUUGAUGGAGACGAGGUGGACGAGGAACCCAACCAGGACUAUGAGCAGUCCUCGCCUUACGGGCGCCCACGACCCAGUGGUGAUAUGGGCCGUCGCAGUGGAGAUCGCGAGCGCUAUGAUGCAGAUCCGCAGGUGCUAGGCGAUGACUUUUCUGGUCUUGAACUGAGAGAUUCUGAAGCUCCCCCGCCUCGUCCGCCUCGCCCUGGGAACCAGAACCUGCAGAAGACCUCGUCGCUAUCGCCCGAUAGGCGGAAGGUGUCGUUCCAGGAUGGCCCACCCACGGACAUUGAUACCGGCAAGCGCUCGUCCUCAACGAGCAAAUCCAGCAAAUGGCAGCCUCUGGCUACAGUUGAGCCGUCUCCCGUCGUCGAGAACGACCCGUUCAGCCUUGGUGAUAGCGAUGACGAGAAGGAAACCAAGUCCAAGGAGCAGACCACCGUGCCGGAGAGUGAACAUCUCAAAAAGGCCACCGAGGAGGCCAUGUCUGGCGAGAUGGGCUCCUCCAAGGACAAGGACGGCAAGACCGAGGAGUCGAAAUAA